CAAUGUGUCAACAAUGAUGUGUUAUGGCUGCCGUGAAGGCUAUUCGAUGUUCUGCGUAGGAUUUAACGAGAAUGCCAAUCCAGGCUCCCCAGUGGACUGAGUUUUUGUCAUGUCCUGUAUGCUGCAAUGAAUUUGAUGCUACUCUUCGUAGUCCAAUCAGCUUGGGAUGUGGACAUACUGUGUGCAAGACCUGUCUCUCCAAUUUACACAGGAAGCAGUGUCCCUUUGAUCAGACAGGCAUCAAUACCGAAAUUGAAAACCUACCUGUAAAUUUUGCACUGCUGCAGUUAGUGGGUGCAAGCAUUCCAGAAAGCGAAGGGAGUGGCAACAUUAAGCACCUUACAGAAGAGGACUUGGAACAUUAUUUACAAGCAAAAAAAUGCAUAGAGGAACUUGCUCUGUACCUAAAACCAUUUUCGUCUGGGAAUGGAAAUGGUGGCACAAGUGUGCUUUCAAGGCCCAUGCAGCGAAAACUGGUGACACUUAUAAAUUGCCAGUUGAUGGAAGAAGAGGGCCGGUCAAGGGCAAUGCGAGCUGCUCGUUCACUCGGAGAGCGCACUGUCACAGAACUAAUACUACAGCAUCAAAAUCCUCAGCAAUUGUCUGCUAACUUAUGGGCAGCUGUGCGUGCACGUGGGUGCCAAUUUUUGGGUCCAGCUAUGCAAGAAGAAGUUCUGAAACUAGUUCUGCUUGCAUUGGAAGAUGGUUCAGCCUUGUCAAGAAAAGUGCUUGUAAUGUUUGUUGUGCAACGCUUAGAACCUCACUUUCCCCAAGCUUCAAAGACAAGCAUUGGUCAUGUGGUACAACUUCUAUACAGGGCAUCAUGUUUUAAGGUUUCCAAAAGGGAAGGAGAUUCAUCUUUAAUGCAGUUAAAAGAAGAAUUUAGAACAUAUGAUGCCUUACGAAGGGAACACGAUGCUCAAAUUGUCCAGAUUGCUACAGAAGCUGGCCUUCGAAUUGCUCCUGAUCAGUGGUCUGCUUUACUUUAUGGUGACACUGCCCACAAAUCACAUAUGCAAAGCAUUAUUGACAAACUACAAACUCCUCAAUCAUUUGCCCAGUCAGUACAAGAGUUGGUAAUUGCUCUUCAGAGGACAGGAGAUCCAGGAAACUUGUCUGUUCUUCGAUCUCAUUUAGAGUUGUUGGCAGCAAUUGAUCCAAGUCCAGAAUCAACCUCACCAACAUGGUCCGAGUGCUGUGGUGCCCUUGAAGCUGUGAGAACUGUAGUAACUGGCCUAGUCGAAUUUAUUCAACAUCACGGUAGUCGAAGACUUCAAGAGACAAGCCAUACGCAUAAUCCAAAAUACAAAAUAAGCAUGUGCCGAGAUCACACCUUACGAGGUAGUUGUCCACGUGGGACAAACUGUACAUUUGCUCAUUCAGAAGAAGAGCUUGAAAAGUACAGAGCAAAGAAUCGAAAAGCUGUUGUGAGAAGUAAUCCUACACAAUCCAAGGGGUCGGACGCAAACCAAAAGGAGAACCAGACAAAUGACUUCCAUACCAAUGAUAAGGUCUUCAUACAACCAGAUGACUUGCUUUAUUCCAACAGCAAUUCAUCUAUUACAUCAGCCCCUUUUGAGAACUCUGUUUUAAGAGAAGGUUUCAUUGGCAGUACAACACCUGUUCAAGUCCCAUCAGUUGCUGCUGCUGUUGUUCGGCCACCAGUUGGCGUUUCAAUUCCUCCAGGGACCUUCGAGUAUGCAAGACCUUACAGUGCAACUUACCCUUCACCAGGCCCACAGCCAACUUCUUCAGUGUACCAAACGCCUCAGCAGCAAAUGUUUGCUCCCAAUCCAGGAAAUUUCACAUCAGACAUAUACAGCAUGCUGCUGACCACAGGAGGCCAGGUGUAUGCCUCACCGCCACAGCCAGAUUACGGAUCUCCAGCACCUCCCACUGAACAUAGACCAAUAGAACCAGCUAGAACUAACAAUCGAGCUGCCACUUGGGACCACACCAAAACAAUCAGCACCAGUACACUUGCUUCUCAACAGCCAUGGCUUAUGUCCAUGUCCAACACUUCGGCAGCUGCUGCAAAUAAGAAAGUCACAUCCAAGAGCUUAGCAGCUCUUCAUCAGAGGAAGCUGGAAAUAAUUUCCCAGUUGGAGAAAGUUGUGGGAAUAUCUGCUGCAUCAGCAAUUUCCAGUUCUACUUCUUCCCAGGCCAGAGCGACAACUUCAUUCCCAAACACUGACAAUGAUGUGUGCACAUCAACAUAUUCCAUUUGGACAUCUGGAGGAAUUCUCCACACAGGAAGAGGAAGUGGUUCUCAGGUUAGCCACAUUUCCACAGCUACACAGCCUGCUGCUUUCUACAGGUCAGAUUCAAUUCUUGCAGAUGAUGAAUUCAUCCCAUUUGAUCCACCCAUUGUCAGCAAGUAUGGACCAAUUUCUCGAAUGUCAAAGGCAAUCCUACGUCCCAGUAGUUCGGUACAGGUUUCUUCAUCUUUUGGUGAUGGAACAAUCUCAACCCCAAUGGUACGCCGUCCAGUACCUGCUGCUAGCCCUGUUGCUUCUUGGUACUUCAGUACCGCACAAGGAUAUCCAGCAGCCUUGCAAGCAACCACUUUGCCAGGUGGCCACAUAGUAACUCCUGCAACUGCUGGAUUGGGUGAUGGCUACAUAACAAUUGGCCAUGGAAUUUUGGAUCCUCCUCAGCUGUUUGUACAAAAUAGAGUACCUGACUGUCCAUCAGAAGAAAGCUAUGCAAACAACCAGAAAAUGAGACAACAUUUGCGAACCUUGCACCGGAGAAUAAAUGAUUUGAAGCUGGUUUCACAUGGGAGUGCACUUACAGAAGGAGAAAAGCUUACACAGGAACUGCAACUUAUAGAACAGGAAGAACUGAGACUGAAUUUCUUAUCAUCGGCAUUGCCAAUACCAGCCGGUGAAUUUUUAAGUAAUAAAAAUGACAGUUACUCUACUGAUCUGAAGUACAAUGGAGAUUGUCGAAGUGAUGAUGAAGAUACAUAUGAAGCAGGUAUAGCAAAUGACAUGCUCGAACUUGAACGGCGCUGGGAGUACGAGCUAGAGGAGCAAGAGAAGAGGUGGUCCAGUGAAGAAGAGUCAGGAAAAAAGUAGAUCUAAAUAGUCUCAUUGUCAGAGAUGAUAUUUAUUAUCAACCCAAUGGGUUCAGACUUGUAUUAAUACCAGGAUAUCCUGAAAGUGAAAAUUCGUAUAUAAAUUAUUAUAUUACAGUUGCUGAUGGAAAAAAAUAAAGUUUUCUAAUAAAGUUAUUUUUAAAAUGAUCAUGCUUUAGUUCUGUAAGGCAGUGACUGCUGCUGUUGUUCAGUUUAUAAAACAGCAUUAGCAACACUCUAUAGCUCUCUUAAAUAUAUAAAUAUAUAUAUAUAUAUAUAUAUAUUGUUUAUGAUCACCUGAAACCUUGAGGAGGGGAAAUGUUUGCUAUCAUUCUUCUGACAGGCAGAGGCAAAAGCAGAAGUGUAGAAUUAAAUGUUUAAAUUAUUAUAAUAAUUGCUUCAGAAGAGCACUAGUAUGUGAAGUAGAGUUUAAAUUUGUGUACUGUGAAUGGAUGGUUGAGGUGGAACGAAUAAGUAAAACCAAUGUGUUUGAAAAUUAAGAGAAAAGAAAUAUUGUGCUAUAGGAUAGCAACCUAGUUAGGAUAUUUAGAAUGGCUCGCAGGAUGAAAAUGAACGGUAAGGGAAGGAUGUGAACAGCAUGUUACAUAUAAAAUCAGUCAAUUUUUUCGAUGAGCACCCAAAUGACACAGCUGACAUCAUGAAUGUUUUUCUAUUUUUCAUUUCAUUUUUUAUAGUUUUGUUUCUUUUCACAUUUUCUGACAUUUCUGUUUUUCUCAAGCUCUCCAUUAUCCUUCAUCUAUUCUAUCUUCCUUUCUUGUGGAUUGUUCUCUUCACUAUGCACAUCCCACAUUCAGUUUGACCAUUCACAAAGUUUCUGUCUGUCUUCUCCCUCCCUCCCUCCCUGUCCCCCCCCCCCCCCCUUUUUCACUCUUUUCAUGGCCUUUUAAAAACUUGUUGAUGAAAUUCACUGAUCUCUACAUUGUAGGCUUUCUGUAACAAGUUGUUUGUGUUAGGUAUAAGGAAAUGUCAUGAUUUUAUGUGUUUUUAAUAUUUGACCAAUCUUAAACUUGCCUGACAGUCGAAUGAUUGUUUAGUAUUUUUCCUCCUAUAUAUUAAAAAUAUAAGUAUGUGAUUAUGUAGAUAUACCAGCUUGUGAAUCCAUUUGUUGAUAUGAGUGUUAUGAAUUACAGUAUUGUCUUAUACGAAGAACUUAUGAUACUGUAGCACCUUGCUAAGUGAUCCAAGUAGUCUUAAAAAUAUUUUUGACUUAGCAGUUUUAUGAUGUAGAAAACCAGAUUUCAAAGUUAUUUUUGAAUAAAAAUGAAUUUAGUUUUCUACACAUUCAUUUGUAUGUUUUGUAAAUGUGAACUAUAGGUGCAAGCAUUUAGGUAUUUCAGUGAUAUGCUUGCACAUUUCCAUUUUGUUUAUAACAAAGACUUUAUUGUUAUAAUUGCUACAUAACAUCAAAAUUACAUAAGUGAAGCUAUCUUCCAGUUUUAAUGGGAGCAUUUACACGUUAUCCUACAGAAACUGUAAUUGUAUAAAGAGUGUAGGAAAAGUAGUACUGAGAAGAAAUUAUUGAAUGUUAAUGUGAGUAUAGUUUAUUCGUAAUUACAUUUAGAGCAGAACCUAGGACAGCUCAAGCUGUCUGAAUCAGGGCACCAAGUAUGUGUGAGCUUAUAAAAGAGAUAACAUCAAAAUCCCAUAUAAUUAAUCUGGCAAAUAAAUGCAGUGUGUAUUAUCCUGUAUUGUGGAACUGUGCUGCUUCUUUCGUGGGUGAUAUGUUUUCACUGUACCUUAUUGGUGUUUUGCUAUCUGUUUUUAAUAUAUUUUGCUGCUGAUGAAUCCAUUUGUUAGACAUGACAAAACUUUGUGCUUUGUCCUCAUUUGUGUCAGUGCACAGUUAGAAUCCACAUUGCAUUUAAAUCCUGUGUGGUUGACAUGAGUGAGUUUCAUUGAAUUGAGCUUCAAAUUUCCCAUUUUCAGAAACCAUUGUAACUCAGUAUCAUUGAUAUUCAUAUAUUUUUAUCUGGUGAUGGAAAAUCUUAGGUUGGAAGCAAAUCGUGGAAGGAACAAAGGUAGCAGCUCACAAUACAGCUAAGAUGUAGAAUGGUUGGUAGACAUAUAAAUAAAAUUUAAAAUAUUGAUUAGCUUUCAAUGUUCCUCAGAGGCAACUACUAUAGUCAGGCAUACAGAACAGAACAGAACACAUGAAGAGAGACUGUAUGGAAUCUUAACAUUUUCAGUACUGUUUAUGUGCCUACCACCCACUCAAGCCUGAAAUAUUUUAAUCUGGUUUUGAUACGAAAAUCUUGUAUGCUUGGUGCUCCAUAGCUAGCGAGUAUUUGUUAAAAGACAUCUUGCUGUACAUCCUGAGCUGCACUAUAAUAUUUUCUCAAAUACUCACUUUAAUUUUGUUACAUACAUUCAUCUAGCCUGAACUAUUGCUGGCGUAUUUCUGGUUAUCUCUGACUGAAAUUUGGCACCAAACAUACCUCUAGUUUCUGUCCCUGUGAUAUGAAGUUAAAUAAUGUGAUACCUAAGUCACAAUGGUUCCAUUUAAUUAAGUAUGUGUAUUACUCAUGAAAAAAAUAUUUCACUGCCUGUUGAUGUGAAAUUACUAAAAAUCACAGAUGACAUUGUCAUAGGCUAAAUAGAUGUUUUAGUUUUUUCUCCCAGCUUAAUUCCUGUUCAUAAAGAGCAUACUGUUGCAAAAACAUUGCACAGAAGGUGAUUUUCAGGAGGAGUUCGAAACUUUCAUGUAAAUCACUGCUUAACAAUUUCUAAUAAUAAAAUUAAUGUCAUUUCUGUAAAUAGUUUUCCAAAUGAGUAGGAUCUCAUUGUACUGUGUCAAAAUAAACCUUCAGAUUCGUUGAAAUCAGACAUUCUUUAGUGACAAAUAACACUGUCGAAAGACAGUGAUUUGCUGAAUGUUAAUAUUUCUCUUUAUGUUAAUUCUGGAAUUUUCCUGAACAUACAUUUUAUGGGAGUGCUUGAAACUUACAGAUAUCUUGGUGUUGCCUGCAAUAUACAAAUAGGGUCAUGAUGGAAUUAUUUCAAAUGCAAUACAGACUACAACAUUGGUCAGAGAAAAUAUGUAAUGUACAUAAUGCUGAAUGUUUCUGUAACCAAAGCAAAAUAAUGUACAUUUUGUAACAUGUUUGUUGACGGUGUAAUAUUUACACUGGGCUUUUUAGAUUGUACUUUAUGUAGAAUGCUCUGUAAUGAUGUGUUACAAGUUUUUUGGCUUUAUAAAUAUGGACAUGGAUUCUGCCGAGGGGCACUUGAACUGGAAAAUGUUAUACACGAUUUAAAUGAAGUUUCCUAACCAUUAGACAUUUAAGAAAUAUCUUAACAAUGUGUGCCAGAAAACUUGUAUAUGUUGUAAGAUCUUUAUCCUUAUAACAUUUGCGCAAAGUCAUCAUUAUUGUGUGGCUAAAAUGCCUUUGUUUUAUAGAUGCUAUACAUAAUAUAUUUUGUUGAAUAAUUUUUUAAGUUAAUGCACACACACACACACACACACACACACACACACACACACACACACACAAGGGGGAGAGAGGGAAAUGUAAAACAUAUUACAUUUGUAUGGUGGUGUUUUGUUGUUAUUACUGAAUUUCUAAUUCCAGCACACACACACACACACACACACACACACACACACAAAUCCAUUAUGGCACUUGUUUUUGUCCCUUUCCUCCUCCACUUCACAGUCUACACUUGGUUGUGUAAAUUUUAGCUAAUUAGUGGUAUUAAAGUGAUAAUAACUUCGGAAAAAAGAUAACAUCGUCAUGUUGUAAUACAACAUCCAUUGAGUGCAGUGUAUUGUAUGGAGCCACUAAAGAAAUCUUUCCAACGUCCACAUAGUAAAAAUGUGAACAAAUGUUAAAGCUUUUGACAGUCAGAGUCAUAACUUAUGUAAUGUGAAAAUAUUUUUAUAGUUAUUAGUAACACUUUCGCCUCGGGUUUAUAGCAGGAAACAGAAAUUGCCUUUAUACUUUGUAUUUCUGAUUUGAAUGCAGUAGAUUAAUUUAUUUGUAUAUACAGUUCAGUGUGUUCAUCAUUCUUCCUGGCAUAUUGCUGCAGUAGUAUGCUUGUUACGUGAUAUGUAGGUGAAAAAAAUUUAAAUAAUUUUAAUUGUAAAAUUAUUGAAUAUUUGUCCAAAAUUACAGGGAAAUGAAAUCUGUUUAGACACCAGAUGUUUUGUUAGCUCCAAAGUAUAUCUGUUUUGUAACAUGGAAUAUUAGGCCAUUUGAAUGAUAAUUUAUUGAUCCAAAUUUGACAUCAUUUUUGCUAUUGUCCACUGAUUUUACAUGUUUAGCACAGUACCAACAGAUACUCUUUAACAAUGGUUUUGUCUGCAUAUCACUUAAUUGUCAGAAAAUAGUCAAUUACAUUUAAGUUAUCUUAUAUAUAAUAUAUAAAUAACUAUUACAGUUUGAGACUUGUGUCUGUAUGACAGUGCUUAUCUGUCAUCAUUGUGUCAUGCUUUGUGGUAAGUACCAUACAGACUUAUUGAUCUGGUGCUUGACACACUGCAUUACAUUCCUUCUACUUGAUGCUGAAUAUUUACAUGUUAAACAUGUUCUUUGUGCAGAGAUAGUUCUUUUGCUUGGAACUUGACUAAGAAGUUUACCUACAUCUGUUAUACAGUAAUGUAUAUAUGUAAUAUGAUAUACUGCUUAAAAUGAGUCUCCUUUUUGUGGGGGGUCAUUAUUAAGGUUUUAUGAAUGAAUGGAGAAUUUUUUCUAGAAAAAUUCUGGUUCAUAAGAAUGAUUGAAUUGGUACAAAUGCAUAUUUUAACACAUUGUAAUUUAAAACAUGAACAAGUACUGUAUUUUACAGUCAUAGUAAUUUCUUAGAGAAGCUGUUUUCACUUUAAAAUUUUAUGAUGAAAUUAGUCCUUCCUGUUGUUGCAAAAUGACAGUUGUAUAUCAUGAAAUAUAUUUUGAUCAAAUUUCUCAUGUAAUAGGUACAUACAAGUGUGCACAUACGUGCAUGUUCUGUACCUGUGCCCAUAUCUGUGGCAGUAUUGAAUGUUUUUAAAUGUGUUAUUCUUAUAUACUUAUAUAAUUUUGUUCAGAUAACUUGUUUGUACUUUAUUCUGACAUUUCAUUGUGUUCUCUUUACUUAAAAAUAUUCAACAUAAAUUAACUGAGAUUGAAACAUUGGCUUUUGUCCAAUUAAAAGGUUGAUUAGAAAAAAUUUAGAACUCACGUAAUCAGUUCGGUUUUUCCGCAUCAUCAUUUUUCUCCUGAUGUCUUUUUUUAACUUUUCUGUCAUUUUCAGUCGUGUAAGAGUUGGCAUUGAGAUUCUCUCUUCACAUAUUUAAUGUGUGCAGGUCCAACUUCGUAAUUAGGGUAUGUUGUCAUUUUCUCCACUGUACAUCCGCUUGUAAUUGCAAUUUUUUUUUUCUUCCCAAGUGAUGCGACACUUGCUUAAAUGAACCAUAGUGAGUACAAGGCAUUCGUAUUGCAGGAUGACACUUUUCCAUCUUUAAGUGGUAUCUAACCAUUUUUAGGAUGGCUUUAUUUGAAGUUCAGUUGUGCAGAGAGAGCAAUCAUUUUUGCAUCAUAAUUAUUAUUGUCCAUUAUUCAUUACAUUAAUUGGUGACUAGUAUUGGCACAUACAAGGACACAAAUUUCCCAUGAUCUGACGUGUGAAUUACAGAAAUCAACCAUUCAUAUUGCAGUAACAGUUGAUUUCACACUUCUUGUCAUCAGCCCCUUAUUCUUUGCUACUCCAUAGAUAUCAUUUUAAUAAAUUUAACAUUAAUAUUGUGAAAACUUUAUAUUUCUUUUGAAUGUUAUGACAUAUUUGGAACUCUUUAACAAAACAGCUGUCCAGCAAACCACAUAAUCUGUAUCUUGAAUACAGUUAUGCGACAUAUGUAGUAAAAUAUAGAAUGAUUUGAAAUGGAUUGUGCAAGCUCAUAUGCUGUCAUUGACACAAUUUUUUGCUUUGUAUUUGCAUACUGUAUAUGGCAGGUCAUUAUGUAACCAAAAGACAGAUGCAAAUUGUAUAAAAUAUCUAGUUUGAGGAUAUGGAGAUUAUAUGGUAUUAGUGAUAGUCACUCUCAUUGUCCGUGUGAAAGAGGGCCUAUUUCUCCUGCCUGCAUAUUUUGAAAUCUAAGGGAUUACCUCAAUAUCAUUUCACUGACACCAGGCUUGCUAUAUUUUGGUCCUGAGCCGUACUUUAAUUGUUUUAAUUAAAUCUCAAACAUACACAACCUUUAAUUUUUACAGUUUUAUGCAUUAGUCUCAUCUUUUGUGUACUUUAACUACUUUGAGACAUUUCCUCAACAGAAAUUGAAAUUUAUCUUGUUUACUCAUCCUCACUUCCAUUUUAGUUAUUGCCGGAAAUGACAUAAUAGAUGUUCUCAUGUAUAAAGCUCAAAUCAUUCAUUUGUUCCCAUUGUUGCAUAAGUACAUAAGUAUUGAAAGUCAACUCUUUUAUCAUUUUUAUAUGUGCAAAUGCAGCAGCAGCAGAAGUCUUACGGAAUUUGUUGAAACAUCUAUUGAACAUUUUGCCAUUAUUGGUAAUGUGUUCUGAGAUCAUACGCUAACAAUUUCAGUGUGAAUAUAGUUGCACCUUUAAAAUCCCCUCUAUGGGUAGAACAUAUAUUCUUACCUUUAUUUUCCUUUGCAGAAUUCAUUAUUAGACCUUUUAAUGUUUUGAGCCACAGUAUUCUUAAAAUUCUGGUGUGGUCCUGAAUAAAAAAUGGGUUGAAAAUCAUAAUUAAAUUCAUAGUUAAGGCAUGCAGUUUCAUCUAACUGGAGUUAUAUCAAAAUAUUGUAUGCUAAGAGUUUGUUGUGCAAUAACUCCUAACUUGACCUCUCAUUGUAAGUAUUUAUUUCUUUUUCUUUUAUAAAUGGUCAGUGGUAAAGAACAACUAGACACACACAAACAAUUAUGUACUGCAUUUAGUACUUAAAGAAUGAUUGUGUGAGGUGAAAAAUAUAUGUUUGAAGCAUAUUAAACUGUAUAUUAAAGAUUUAAUGUCUGUAUGUAGACUAAAAAGCAUGUUAAGCAUGUUUAUCUACCGAUUAUAUUAAUCUGUGUAAUGUUAUGGUGGAUAGAAAUAUGUAUAUUGCAUUGAAUAAAAGUUAUCCAGAAACUUUA